AUGCGACCCGUCAGUCUCAUCGAUGGCGGCUACGUUUGCGACACUGAGAGCUUCAUCCGAGGAAAGCUGAAAGGAGCAAAAGGAGACCGCAUCCACCUGUCCCUCGUCUACACCUGCAAGCGCGUCGCGGAAGAGAUGGACCGCGGCGGUCUUUCCUUGCGCCUGAAUACCAUCACUUUCUCGCCCAUCUCCGAAGAGUCACUCGGCUGGCUCGCCGGCAGCUUCCAGAGGAAGAAGGACGCCUUGGAUCGCACAAGGUUGGCAAUGCUUCAAACCGUGGGGUACUGCAUCCUGGACGCCGUUUACUCUGAGAUGGCAACGGCAUAUCCGCGACUUCUGCCUUUGCUGGACCGCCUGAAGCGAAAAGGGCGUCGGUCGUCACUUGAGGCCACGCUGUUGGCCAUGGAACGCCGCGGACCCUACGGCGAAGCUCCUUCGGUCUACCGCGAGUUCGUCAAGGACGUCCUCCAGAAGUCGUCAACCUGCGAUAGCAAAUUCCAAGAUGCCGUGCGCAAUUACUGGCCCGAGGUCGUUGAAAGGACGCCGGAUCGACGUGUAUGGAAUCCUUUUUCCAUUGUAUACAGCACUAUCGAGCCCUGGACGAUACCAUCCGAUACGCAGAUGCGCAGGCUAGAAUCAGAGCUACCCGUGUACCAGAGUCAUCGCGUUUGUUUGGAAGCCGAUCGCUCGAUCUACCGCUUCUCGGCUGCUGCGGCGGCCAUCUACUUUUUGGAAGCCAUCCCCCACGAGAACCGCACCCACCUCCGGAAAAUCAUCCUCGACGAGAAGAAUGAAGCUGUUUCGAACCCGGAGUGCCAUGCCCGAGGCCUCAUACCUUUCUGUCAGGAAUACCCUCUUCUCCGAAUCGAACGACGUGUUUCGCUAUGGAGGAACAUCUUCCAAGAAGACGUCAACUACCUUGAUCCAGAACGGCGAUGUGUGCUCAAAGAUCGACCUACUCCUGCCUUUCUCAACUCGGACCAAAUCACAGGCAACGUAGCGUCUUGGAUUGUAGAAGCCAUGGCGCUGGUCCCUGCUGGCAUGCCCGCGAAAUCCUUCUCCCUCCUUCUAGACGGAGACCCUGCCCCGACGCUGUGCUCCGAGAUGUUCCAGUGUAUCGUUCAGCGAGAUGUUGCCUGGCAGCUGGCCUGGGAUAUGUCUUUGAAGAAAAAGUUGCUACCUGAAAUCACAUGGUUUGAGAAGAAGGGCGAAUCUGUUAUCAGGGACGGACAUUACACAAACACCGAUGUCCACCAGCAUCAGAGAUUUCCAAGUUUACGAAAAGGGUUCUGGGGAUAUUUCUUCGAGGACUUUCCGCAGGGCUUCAGCAACAUUGGGAAAGAAUCGUUCCCUGUGCACUGCAACUUCGAUACCGGCAUUGCUUGCGAUGUCGAGGACAUAGUCAUGCAGCAUGGCCGGUGGGAUAUGCGCAAGUGGGAGCAAGAAUGGUUCCGACACCAGCCACCGUGGUGGGAAACAGCACCACCCCUGCCGGAGUGGAUGGCUCUUUUGGAAGAAAAUGUCAUGGAAGACAUGAAAUACAUGCCAUAUUUGAAGCGUAUGAAUGGAUUGUUGGCAUAG